AUGGAAAACCAAUCCAGCAUCUCUGAGUUUUUCCUCCAAGGAAUAUCCAAGUUACCAGAGCAAAAGCAGUUCCUCUUUGGAAUUUCCCUGUGUAUGUAUCUUGUCACUUUAACUGGGAACAUGCUCAUCUUCCUGGCCAUCAGAUCAGACCCACACCCCCACACCUCCACGUACUUCUUUCUGACCAACCUGUCUUUUGUUGACAUAGGUUUAACAUCUUCCACAGUUACCAAGAUGCUGGUAAAUGUGCAGACUCAACAUCACACCAUUUCCUAUGCUGGUUACCUCAUACAAAUGUAUUUGAUGUUUGGUGAUCUGGAGAGCUUCUUCCUGGCUGUAAUGGUGUAUGACCAUUAUGUGGCCAUUUGCCACCCUCUCCACUACUCCACAGUCAUGAGCCCCCAAGUCUGUGCCCUGCUGCUUGCAUUGUGCUGGGUCCUCACCCACACUGUUGCCCUGACUCACUGUGCCCUCCUCAUAGCUUGGCUGUCCUUCUCUGUUGCUGGGGAAAUAGCUCACUUUUUCUGUGACAUAACUCCUAUCCUGAAGCUGUCAUGUUCCGACACUCACAUCAGCAUGUUGAUGGUUUUUGCCAUAGGAGGCACAGUGGUACUCAUUGUCCCCUUUAUCUGCAUUGUCAUCUCCUACAUCCACAUUAUAUUGGCCUUCCUAAGGGUCCAAACUCCUGGUGCAGAAGGCAAGGCCUUUUCCACCUGUAGUUCCCAUCUCUGUGUCAUCUGUGUGUUCUAUGGGACGCUCUUCAGUGCCUACUUGUGCCCUGCCUCUGUUGCCUCUGAAGAGAAGGACAUGGCAGAAGCUGCAGUGUAUACUGUUGUGACCCCCAUGUUGAGCCCCUUUAUCUAUAGACUGAGGAACAAGGACAUGAAGGGUGCCCUUAAGAAGCUCCUCAGUCACAGGAGAAUUUUAUCCUCUUAG